AUGGGCGACUCGAUCUACGCCAAUUACCCCCCUCCCUUGAACUCCGCCCAGAGGGAGUUCUUGGUGACCACCAUUAAGGACUGGACCACGCAGAAUGGCCUCAUGGUUCGCCCGGCACCCACUUUUGUAUCCAAGGAGGUCAAUCCCCAUGGGGUUCUUGCGACCAAUGCUCCCGUCACCCUAUUCCCAAGUCCCUUCCCCAGAGCUUGCUUCGAUGAGGCCAGGGCCUUGCAGACCGUGUACAACCACCUCUAUGCGAUGAUAACGUGCAACGAGGAGUGGCUGGGCAAGAUCAUGGAAGAUCUUAUUGAUGUGGACGACUUCGUUUCGCAUUUGUGGAAGACGCAUCUGGCAGUCAAGAAGGAGGGGUAUGUUCAAACGUUGUCGCUCGGCCUUUUCCGCUCGGAUUACAUGGCGCAUACUCCGUCCAGCUCGGUUGCGCCCUCCUUGAAGCAGGUGGAGUUCAACACCAUCUCGGCCUCCUUUGGCGGUUUAUCGUCUCUCGUGACCCAGCUGCACACCGAGCUCCUGGAUUCCCCGCCGGGUUACCCAAUCGCAUACCCGUCUCACAGGUUAUUCAAGUCCAAUAAGCCUCCUGAGAAUACGGCGGUCGAGACGCUAUCUGCGGGAUUGGCAGCUGCACAUGCCGCCUACGGGGCGUCCAAAUGCAGGUCUCUCCCGACUUGCAUUCUAUUUGUGGUCCAGGAGGGCGAGAGGAAUACGUUCGAUCAAUUGGCACUUCUGAGACGGAUCACCAAAUACCACAAAAUCCCAGUGUUCCGUCUGCUGAGUUCAGAAAUUCUGGACCACACCACCAUCCCUGGCUCCAACCCUUCGCGCCCUCUGAUCUAUCGCCCCCCUCACGCGUCGAGCCAUUUCGAAGUAACAACGGUCUAUCUCCGAUCGUUCUACGCCCCAAGUGAUUAUACGAGCGAGCGGGACUGGGAAGCUCGCCUCCAUUUGGAACGGUCUGCUGCGAUCAAGUGCCCCACCGUCCUGAACCAGUUGUCCGGCUGUAAGAUUGUUCAGCAGGUGCUUGCGGAGACCGCCGGACCCGACCACCUGGCAAGCUUCCUCGCCGAAGUGGAUCAGUCCGUCAUCGCAAGACUACGGGCGACCUUUGCUCCUCAGUACGACCUCUCUUCUACGGGGCGUGGUCGGGAGCUUGCUCUCAACCCCGAGACGGCCGCCAACCACGUUCUCAAGCCUCAGCGCGAAGGCGGCGGCAAUAAUGUCUACAAGACUGCUAUUCCUGAAUUUUUGCGUUCGAUCCCCGAGACUGACUGGAAGCGUUGGAUUCUGAUGGAGCUGAUCCACCCCCCGGCCGAGGCGCAGAAUGUGGCCCUGCGAAGCGACGGAGAGGUCAUCCGUGGCGACGUCAUUGGGGAGUUGGGUGUUUACGGAACCAUCCUGUGGGAUCAGGCCCGGGGUACCGUCCUGCACAACGAGCAAGGCGGAUGGCUCAUGCGAACCAAGGCCAAGGAUGUCAACGAGGGAGGUGUUGCCACGGGUUUCUCCAGUUUAGACAGUAUUUUGCUUUUCUAG